AUGUCCACAACCGCAACGUCGCUGGUCCCGUCCUCGAUGGGAUCUAAACAUGAUUCCUCCGCUCUCCAAUCGGCGCGGAACCUGGUCACGCACGAAAUCGCCACGACCACCCACUAUCUCUCCAACAAAGCGCACGAUCUCGGAUUGACGCCCUCGAAAUCGACACCAACCAAGACCCUACCACCCUCCACAUAUUCCCCUUCACCAGGAAGAUUCAGACACCCCCGGACUACGGAGAUUCUGGCGCGGAGCUCCUCUUCUGCGCUUACAGAAACAAACAUCAAAGGGGCAUUGACGAAUGCAGCGGUAUUGCUCUUUUCCUUCAUGUUCAGCGACGCCUAUUACAGCAGCAUCACACCACUUCUGAAAUCGAGUGGCGUCAGCGACGCCUCGCAACUAUCUUCUACCGCCCUCCUGCUGAUCCGCGCCGUUCUUUGCGCCAACCUAGUUCUACUCCUCCGGCCAGCGAUACCGUAUAUUGCCAAAAAGGAUGAGAUCAGCGAUAUCCCAUUGACGCCGUCGCAACGCUCACUUCUGGGCCUGCCACCGACGCCGGGCUCGGCAGGGUCAGCUGGGAGCUACAUCACACCUCCGCGCUACCGACGGUCUUCUGGCUCCUUUUCCGGCACUCCCAGCAGCGUCCAGAACAAUCCUUCUGGUGAUCGACGCAGUAUUUCGGCCAGCUAUUCAUCCUCGACGCUCUCGCCCUCUCGCCACGCGGUGGCAUUCUCGACUACGCCUUCGCAAUCCGUCCGUCGGACGGCAUCUGGUUCGCCCUUUUCGCCUUCUCCAGCAGCAAGCCCACUCUUUCACAAAGCCGUCAACCAAGCAUCGCAGAUCUCUGACGCCGACUUCGGUGUUACUGCACGGUCGUCUUUGGGCGCCAGCACCGGAUCCGGCCUGGCUCGAUCGCAGAGCUUGCGCGAGAGACCGAGACGGGAAAGCCUGGAGCCGAGUUCGCCGACACCGGGCACUAGGAGCCCUCAGGUCGCGCCGGGGCUCAAUUACAAGUGGCUGUAUGACAAGGGCAUGAAACUUCCCAAAAGCGAGUCUUAUGGUUUCUGA